GUUUGCACGUACUAUCUACGUGGCGCGUGCAAGUACGGCGAUAGAUGUCGCAACGAGCAUCCAGCGGACAGAGCACAACAGGGUGGUUUUGGGAGUACUUAUUCGGGAUGUAUGACGCAGGAAGAUCGACAUACGGUCCAAUCUGUUAACACCAUGCUUUGUAGCAUUGAAUCAAUGGCAAGAGACGUCACCGCUCUUCAAGAUAAGCCUUUAUGGCCACUAUCAUCCUAUGGCGCUGCGAAAUAUGAACCAGUGGUUAUCGCUGGACUGGAUGAGUCGCUUGAGGAACUUCGCGUGAAGGCAGUGACUGCGCUGAAGGCAGGGACUAUCAACGAAUAUAUGAAAUAUGAGUCAGACAAGAUAGCUGCCUCAGACCAGGCGUACAACAGCGCCAGGAGCAACGUUCCACAGUUGUAUGACGCUGCUUUCAAAUUGAGCAAGGAAGUAGCUUCACCUGGGCCGAGUGCACUCGGUCCUGUUUCUGCUUUCAGCGGGCGUUCAGCGUUUGGUAGCGGGCCAGCAUUUGGUUCUGGCCCUCAACCAUCGGUGUCUGGCGCAACUUCCAGUGCCUUUGGAAAAUCUGCAUUUGGUCAGCCUGCGUUUGGUCAGACAGGGUUUGGCACGUCCGCAGCGACAUCUGCAUUUGGACAACCUGCACAAACGACGUCUGCGUUUGGACAACCAGCACAGACUACGUCAACGUUUGGGCAGCCACAACAACCAACAUCUGCGUUCGCGCAACCACAACAGUCAGCGUCUGCAUUUGGGCAGCCGCAACAGCCAAGUUCUGCGUUCGAGCAGCCUGUUCAGACGACAUCAGCAUUUGGGCAGCAGCCAAGUUCUGCUUUUGGGCAGCCCUCUGCAUUCGGUUUAACCGCUCAGCCAAUCUCGGCUUUCGGACAAUCAUCAUUAAUUAAACCUGGGUCAGGUGCAUUUGGCUCUUCGGCACCUUCCACAGGCGCAUUUGGGGCUCCAUCGUCGGCAUUUGGGAGCACCGGUGCUAGCACUGGGACCAGUGGCGGGUUUUCUGCCUUUGCACCUCAGUCAUCUGGGUUUGCGUCAGCACCAACGCAAGCAUUGGCGUUUGGACAGCCGUCAUUUGGAACCCCCGCCCCUGCCCCAACGCAAGGUGCAUUUGCUGCACCAGCACAGGUACAAAGUGCCUUUAAUUCCGCGACACCCUCACAAAGUGCCUUUGGCUCUACACCAUCUGCACCAAGCCCAAUCGGCGGGUCCUCCACAACAUCCCAGUCCGUCUUCGGAGCAGCGCCAACGACGUCUGCGUUCGGUAGCACAGGCGCCGGAGUUCCAUCCUUUGGCGUUCCUGCUCCUGUGGUUGCUACUGCUUUCGCAACUCCAAUGGCAACAACCCCAACCGAUGCUUCGAAGCCAUCUGCAUCAGCACCUGUGUUUUCACGAUCUAAAGUUCAGACCAAACCUGACAGAUAUGCUGCACUUUUGCCGCGAAACUACAUGGACAUAUUACCAGUAGAUGUAAAGGCCGCCUUCGCGGCAGAUAAAUUUGAAUGGGGGAAUAUACCAGAAUGGAUACCGCCGAAGGAGGUGCGGUAG